GAAUCGCUUAAACCCGGGAGGCGGAGGUCGCAGUGAGCCGAGAUCGUGCCACUGCACUCCAGCCUGGGCGACAGUGAGACUCCGUCUCAGAAAAAAAAAAAAGAAAAAAAGGAAAAAGAAAAAGGCUCUACUCCAAACUCUUGCAGUGUUGCUUUUAUAAUUUAGAACUACAAAUAAGUGAAGGGGUAGAAAAUCAGUUUGUUGCUCUCCCUCCCCGAUGAACUGGGAGACUUCAGGAAUCUUGAGGACCAGACUUAGGAUACAAGUCCUAAACCCUCAUCUUACAAAUCAAGAACACUGUGACACUGGGGCCCGAAACGAGAAAAUGACUUAGCCAAGGUAAGUGGCAGAGCUGGUACAGGAAUUCAGGUCCACUCCCUCUCAGCUCUGAAGAUUCCUUAUUCUCGAAGGUAGCUUCUGUUAAAGUCGGAACAUCAGGAGUGAGGGGCUCAAUAUUCCAGCCAAGGAGGCAGGUGAACAAGUUACCCCUUAGCACCGGAAUAAUUACAGACCCGGACUUCAGCCUGUGCCUAGGUGCGGCUCAGGUGUCCAAAGAACCGUUCCAGGCACCCGAGGGGUGAUCCCUGCCUCCUCUGCUGGGUGCUCAUGCCAGCUAACAAUGGGUGAAAAUUGGGGCGAGGAGCUCCAGCUGCUUUCUGCGUCCUCUGAAGAGCUUUCGUGCCUUUAUAACCACCACGUUGGAAGGAAGAGCGCGGAGAAAGGUGCCCACUUUCUAAAAGAGAAAAUUGAGGCCGAGCAAGGAGGUCGCGACAGUGCGAAGCGAGAUAGCAGCGGAGCCAGCAUUCGAACCCAGGUCCCUGAACUACCAGCCCCGGAAUCCUUCUCACCCCUAACCACAGUGGGACGAAGUGAGGCCGGGAUCUCCGGAACCCGCCUCUCGCUACCAGGCGCCAGAGCUGCCGCUCCCGAGGUUCCUAGGAGAUGCAGAAGAUACUGCCCCGAAUGCCUACAGCAGGCUAGCAAUGCUGCCCCAGAGCAGAGCGGCGGGGCGCCGCCUCGCCUUCUUAUAGGCUCGCAGCACUUCCAGUCGUGCGCGAGGCCUCCUGGGAAGUGAAGUCCGGAGGCCAGGGGUGGCCGGCUCCCAGCGCGCCAAGGUGCUAGCCCCCUAACUCCCGUUCCUCCUCGGCGCUUCUUCUCCAAGUCCGAAGUCAGGGUCCAGGACUGCUGCUAUGCAUCAGCCCCGCCUCUCAUCCCCCAUCCAGAGGAGGCGGAAAUGUUCAGGUGAACGCCAAGCCUCCCACUACGAGCCGGCCCUCAGCAAGGCCGUGCGCAGUGUGGGCGGGAGCCCUAAGUCAGCUAGCGGCGACGCUGGGAGGGCCCGGAGCAGGCCGUGCCCCGAACCGCGAAGGCUCCAACAUGGCGACCAGACUGGCCAUAGAGCGGGAAGAGAAAGCCGGAGCCUCGCAGGCCGCACGGCGCAGACGGGGCCCCGCGUCCUCCAUUUACUUCCGGAAUUUAAAGUCGGCUUCCGGAAGCCGGGACGAUGUCCCCAUGACAACCGACGUUGGAGUUUGGAGCUGCUUGCCUUAGAGCAAGGGAAACAACUCUGAUUCAAAGGAACUAGAAGCCUCUCCCUCAGUGGUAGGGAGAGAGCCAGGAGCUGUUUUCUGGGGAACUGUGGGAUGUGCCCUUGGGGGCCCGAGAAAACAGAAGGAAGAUGCUCCAGACCAGUAACUACAGCCUGGUGCUCUCUCUGCAGUUCCUGCUGCUGUCCUAUGACCUCUUUGUCAAUUCCUUCUCAGAACUGCUCCGAAAGGCUCCUGUCAUCCAGCUUGUGCUCUUCAUCAUCCAGGAUAUGGCAGUCCUCUUCAACAUCAUCAUCAUCUUCCUCAUGUUCUUCAACACCUUCGUCUUCCAGGCUGGCCUGGUCAACCUCUUAUUCCAUAAAUUCAAAGGGACCAUCAUCCUGACAGCUGUGUACUUUGCCCUCAGCAUCUCCCUUCAUGUCUGGGUCAUGAACUUACGCUGGAAAAACUCCAACAGCUUCAUAUGGACAGAUGGACUUCAAACGCUGUUUGUAUUCCAGAGACUAGCGGCAGUGUUGUACUGCUACUUCUAUAAACGGACAGCCGUAAGACUAGGCGACCCUCGCUUCUACCAGGACUCUUUGUGGCUGCGCAAGGAGUUCAUGCAAGUUCGAAGGUGACCUCUUGUCACACUGAUGGAUACUUUUCCUUCCUGAUAGAAGCCACAUUUGCUGUCUGCAGGGAGAGUUGGCCCUAUGCAUGGGGAAACAGCUGGACUUUUCAAGGAAGGUUCAGACCAGCUGUGUUCAGCAUUCAAGAAGGAAGAUCCUCCCUCUUGCACAAUUAGAGUGUCCCCAUCGGUCUCCAGUGCGGCAUCCCUUCCUUGCCUCCUACCUCCGUUCCACCCCCUGUCCUUCCUUUCCUCUCUGUACCAUUCAUUCUCCCUGACCCGCCUUUCUUGCCGAGGGUUCUGUGGCUCUUACCCUUGUGAAGCUUUUCCUUUUAGCCUGGGACAGAAGGACCUCCCAGCCCCCCAAAGGAUCUCCCAGUGACCAAAGGAUGUGAAGAGUGAUAGUUACGUGCUCCUGACGGAUCACACCACAGACGUUUAGAUUUUUAUACCCAAGGCACUUUUUAAAAAUGUUUUAUAAAUAGAGAAUAAAUUGAAUUCUUGUUCCAUAA